GACUGCGGCUGCGGCAGCGGCUUCUGGGAUCCCGAUGUGGCAGAGAGGCCGUCACCGUCAAGGAGGUGGAGGGCCCGCGAGCCCGAUGUUGGAGACACGGCCGCCAUCCUCUUGGUCAGCCCAGCUGUCUUCCUAGACACGCUCCUCGCCUAAGGAUCCUUCCCUCCCAGCUCUUGCAAACUCCGAACUGGUCGCCUGCUGAUCCUCUUUCACCACAGGUUCACAGCGGAGGCAGCAGUGAGGAAGCAGCAGUGAGGUGUCCGAUUUGGACACGUGAGACCUGCGGUCCCCGGACUUGGGGAGGUGGGCGCUGGACUAGAGAAUCAGAGGAUGCGGGUUGGUGGGUGCCAAGAGGGAAAAUCUGGGUUCUGUCCUGGAAUGGAAGAUGAGGGAGACUGAGAAAGCCUCUUUCCUCCCCUUGCAGGUAUGAAGACACCUCACAAAAAGGCAACUGGAAGGCAGCAAACCAGGGAAAUUGUUGAUGGCCACACCUUGUCUGCAAGUAUGAGGAAGAAAAAGAUUUCUCAAAAGAAACAGAGGGGCAGACCUUCCUUCCAGCCCCGCAGGAACAUCGUGGGCUGCAGAAUUUCACAUGGAUGGAAGGAAGGCGAUGAGCCCAUCACCCAGUGGAAAGGAACCGUUCUGGAUCAGGUGCCUAUAAAUCCCUCUCUUUAUCUGGUGAAAUAUGAUGGAAUUGACUGUGUCUAUGGACUGGAACUUCACAGAGAUAAAAGGAUUUUAAAGCUUAAAAUCCUUCCUGAUAAAGUGCCAUUUUCUCCAGUCAGAGAUGUGCAUCUUGCAAAUACCAUAAUUGGUAAAGCUGUGGAACAUAUGUUUGAGGGUGACCAUGGUUCUAAGGAUGGAUGGAGGGGGAUGGUCUUAGCCCAAGCACCCAUCAUGAAAGCCUGGUUUUAUAUUACCUAUGAGAAAGAUCCUGUUUUGUACAUGUACCAGCUUUUAGAUGAUUAUAAAGAAGGUGACCUCCAUAUCAUGCCAGAGUCGAGUAAGUCUUCUCCUAAAGAAAGAGAGCCAGAAGGAGUUAUAGAUGGCCUCAUAGGUAAACAUGUAGAAUAUACCAAAGAAGAUGGCUCCAAAAGGACAGGCAAAGUCAUUCACCAAGUUAAAGCCAAACCUUCUGUGUACUUCAUCAAGUUUGAUGAUGAUUUCCAUAUCUAUGUCUAUGAUUUGGUGAAAAAGUCGUAACGGUUAGGGUAAACAUUAUCACGUGUAUGUAGGCAAAUGUAUGAUUUGGAGAAACACAAAAAAUGUUGCUUUUCAGUGUACUGAAAGUAUAGGGGUCCCUAAUAACCUAUCAUCAUUGCCAGCAAAACUGUUGUUUUGUUCUGAAAAAUAUAAGUCUAUGUAGCUAUGA